AUGGCUGCUCCUACACAGCUUGCGUACCGAACUGUUAAGGGCAUUGGCAUCUUUGAUGCAGCUCCCGUUUAUGGGCCUUUGUCGGGGUUUGAGAAACCUGAGGGGAACCUCCGUUGCAGUGCCUAUUCUCCCUGCGGCCGGUAUUUUGCGUGGGCGUCUCCAGACAAGGUUACCAUCGUUGAUCCCUCCGUCGGCCAUGCCAUCACCAGUAUCCCCGCCGACAACGUUUUUGAACUGGGAUUCUCGCCGCUCGGAACCUACCUGAUUACCUGGCAGCGCCCCACCAAGGAUGCCAACGGUGACGCCGUCAAGAACUUGAAGGUGUGGAAGGUGGUGGAGACGCCUGCUGACAGCAAUGGAGACGAGCACACGAUCGUCGGCAGUUACGUUCAGAAGUCGCAGACAGGCUGGAACCUUCAGUACACGUCUGAUGAGCGUCAUUGCGCUCGUGUGGUCACCAAUGAGGUCCAGUUCUACGAAAGUGACAACCUGUCGAAGGUCUGGAACAAGCUGCGCGUGGAAGGCGUUAGCGACUUUGCGCUGUCGCCCGGAAAGAACCAAGCGGUUGCGGUCUUUAUCCCCGAGCGCAAGGGACAACCCGCUGCCGUCAAAGUGUUUAUGGUGCCGCAAUUCGGCGCGCCGGUCUCGCAGAAGACCUUCUUCAAGGGCGACAAGGUUCAGCUGAAGUGGAAUGCCUCCGGUAACACCUUGAUUGUGCUUGCACAGACCGACGUCGACCGCUCUGGCAAGAGUUACUACGGCGAGACCACUCUUUACCUUCUGGGUGCUAGCGGAGGAUUUGAUUCCCGUGUGGACCUGGACAAGGAGGGCCCCAUUCAUGACGUGACCUGGUCUCCCAACUCGAAAGAGUUCGGCGUUGUGUACGGUUACAUGCCCGCCAAGACCACCAUCUUCAACUUCCGUGGUGUUCCCCAGCAUAGCUUCCCCCUGGCCCCUCGAAACACCAUCCAGUUUUCUCCUCACGGCCGGUUCGUCUUGGUGGCUGGCUUCGGAAACUUGGCGGGCCAGAUGGACCUCUACGACCUCGAGAAGAACUACUUCAAGAUCACCACCGUGGAGGCGUCGAACGCGAGUGUUUGCGAAUGGUCCCCUGACGGCCAGUUUAUUCUGACUGCCACCACCAGCCCUCGUCUCAGAGUGGACAAUGGAAUUCGUCUCUGGCACGUCAGCGGGGCUUUGAUGUACAACGAGGAAAUGACCGAGCUCUACGACGUCAGCUGGAGACCGCAGUCGACCACCCAGCACCCUCUGAGCGAUCCGUUCAACCCUCUCCCGGCCCCCCACCCUUCGGCUGCCGCGUAUCUCAGCACCCGGAAGGCGCCCGUGAAGCCGGCCGGCGCGUACCGUCCUCCCGGCGCUCGUGGUCAGACGACGCCCUUGGCCUUCAAGCGAGAGGAUCAGGGCGGUGCCGCCUACGUUCGGGAUGGCGCCAACGGCGGUUCUUCUCUGAACGGAUUCGGCAAACCCCGGAGACGCGACGUGCCGGGCGCUGAGGAAUUCCUUCCCCCGGGAGCCGCUCCUGGAGGAGGCGUUGCUCUUCCCCCCGGUGCCGACCAGCCCGAGAAGCUCUCCAAGUCGGCCGCCAGAAACAAGAAGAAGCGCGAGGCGAAGAAGAUCAGCCCCAACGGGGAGGACGGAGAAGCGGCACCGCCGGCACGCAGCCCGGACCGCCGCGGCGACAAGGGCCACGAGAACAACCGCUCCAAGGCCAACCACGCCGAGCGCAAGAACGCCAACAACCAAACCAACGGUGCGGCAGCUCCGGCCAAGGCGGCUGCGCCCGUGAACGUGAACGUCGCUGACGACGCCGCCGGUGCCCCCACCGCGCAGGAAAAGAAGAUCCGCGGACUUUUGAAGAAGAUCCGGGCGAUCGACGAGCUGAAAAUGCGGCUUGCGGGCGGGGAGAAGCUGGAAGACACGCAGAUGAAGAAGAUCCAAACCGAAGAGUCAGUGCGCAAGGAAUUGGAUUCCCUUGGAUAUACUGGAUAG